AUGGUCAUCCGUGUGUUCAUCGCCUCCUCCUCUGGCUUCGUGGCGAUAAAGAAGAAGCAGCAAGAUGUGGUUAGAUUCCUGGAAGCCAACAAGAUAGAGUUUGAGGAGGUGGACAUCACGAUGUCGGAAGAACAGAGGCAGUGGAUGUACAAGAACGUGCCCCCAGAAAAGAAGCCCGCUCAGGGCAACCCGUUGCCGCCGCAGAUAUUUAAUGGUGACCGGUACUGCGGAGAUUAUGACAGUUUCUUUGAAUCAAAGGAAAGCAACACAGUCUUUUCAUUCUUAGGCCUGAAAUCACGGUUGGCAUCAAAGGCAGAACCUUAG